AAUUAAAUGAAAUAAAUAAUUAAUUCCACUGCUUUAGAAGUUGUGACCCUAAACAGACGGUGAAAAUGUUUAGGGAGAUUUUGUUUGUGUGUCUGUCUGUCUAUUUAGUGCUUGCGAAGCACGAGGAAUACGAUGGGUCCGCAUUGUAUGAAGUUAAGGUACAAAACAUCCAGCAGGCGAAAAUCCUGCGAGAAAUGGAGUCCCAAUUUGUAGACGUCUGGUCCGAUGCCUUCCCCAAUAGACCUGGGCAAGUUCUCGUGAAUAAAAACAUGAGGAAAAUGUUCCAAGAGGCUUUGACUUCUGCUGGCAUCGAGUACACAGUUUUGUCUGAUAACAUCUUGGAACAAAUAUUGUUGGAAGAAAAACUGCUUGCCUCAUCAAAGGGUCGGAGCAACAACAGAAAUCCACGCGGGGGCCUCUCCUUCGACACCAUCCACGAAUACGAUGUUGUGAUGGACUAUAUAACGGAGUUGGGUGAGCGUUACCCUGACACCGUGACCGUCGUCGACGCGGGUAGGAGUUUUGAAGGCAGGGCGAUCAAAUACUUGAAGAUUUCCUCGACCAACUUUCAAAACCAAAACAAACCUAUCGUCUACCUAGAAUCUCUACUGCACGCUCGCGAGUGGGUCACCCUCCCAGCCACCCUCUACGCUAUUGAGAAGCUAGUCAUUGACGUCACUGAGCAGGACCUGAUUGGAGACAUCGACUGGAUCAUCAACCCCAUCGCCAACCCUGACGGAUACGUCCACACCCAUCAGAGCGCGCGUUUCUGGAGGAAGAACCGUGCUACAGGUUACUCUGUCGGCGAUUUAUGCGUUGGUGUCGACCUCAACCGUAACUUCGACAUUUUCUGGAGCACAGCAUCCAGCAACAACGCCUGCUCAGACACCUUCCACGGCCGUGGUCCUUUCUCCGAGCCCGAGACUGCCAUCAUCAGAGACAUCAUCAAUGAAUACGGCAAUCGCAUCGAGCUCUUCCUCGAUAUCCACAGCUUUGGUAGCAUGAUCUUAUACGGCUAUGGUAACGGCCAAUUUCCAGCUAAUUCCUUAGCUAUCCAUGUCGCCGGAGUCAACAUGGCUCAAGCCAUUGAUGCUGUGAAGCUUCCGCAGAAACCUAACUAUAUUGUCGGUAAUGUGUUCCUUGUUUUGUACGCUGCUUCAGGCAGCGCCAGUGAUUACGGUACUGGAAUGGGAAUCCCGUAUUCUUAUACCUACGAAUUGCCCGCAAGUCUUGGCAAUGGAAAUUCCUUGUUAGGAUUCAUGGUAAACACUGAUUUCAUUGAGCAAGCUGGAUACGAAACUUGGGAGGGUAUCAAGAAUGGAGCCAGACACGCUUUGGACAACUGGAGGAGGACGCGCAACAUGUAAUAUAAUGUAAUAUUUUUGACGACUGUAUUUUAUUAUGUUUAAGAAAUAAAGUUGUUUAUAUUGUUCCUGA